GGAUGUCAGGAAGCGAAGGAAGGCAGAGCUACAGAAAUAAACACUAAGAGGUUAAAUGUGUGUUUUUAAUGCGGUGUGUUGGAUUGAAGGCACCUGGAGCUGACACGCCUGUCUUCUGUGUGUGUGAAUGUGUGUAUGUGCGUUACUCAUGAACGAGGGACUGUGGUCGAGUGACACGGACCUGCAGAACGAAGCAGGUUCUACCAGAGUUCCAGACCAGAACCAGAACCAGCAUCAGAUCCGGAUGCUAAAGGAGGAGGAGGAGGAGGUGCAAGGAGGAAGUGGCUGCCUUCGUCACAGCCUCCACCAUGACUUCUCAAACAACAACGGAGAAGAAGUAGAAGAGGAUGAAGAAGGAGAUGGAGGUUCCAAAAUGGAGGAAGAGGACGAGGAAAUGGACAGUACCAGUGGAGCGUGUUCUCCUGAGCUGAUCCGAGAUUCAUCAUCACUUAGCUGCAGUCCCACAGUAUGUGAAGGUCCUCUGAGUCCUGAAGAAAUCCCAGUUGGAGUUUUUUCUCCUCAUGGUCUCAGUUGCUGUGUCUCGGAGUCUCUGCGAGUGUUGGAGGAGAGAGGAGACGAUGCUGCUCUGCCACACCGCCUCCAUCAGAUUGCAGAGUGUCUGGUCCAGGAGGAGGACUAUGAGAGAGCUGUACACUUACUUCAGCUAGAGAGACUGUACCACGAGAGAGUGCUGUCCAACAUCGCCGCUCUGCAGGAGGCAUGGGUGAACAGGUGGAGGUGUAGUAGGUCUUUUGAUAACUCUCUUCCACACUGUAAUCUGAAUUCAGAACAUCUAAACAAACUGAAACACAUCUGCCUGACACACAGACAACCAUCAUGGAGCUCAGACACGUGUGAGCUGGUACACGGGAUCAGUGUGAACGGUGAGAGCUGUGGAGAAAAGAAUACCACGUCGGAAUCUCCAUGCAUCGACAAGUCGGAGAUGUUGGAGCAGGAUGAGGUCUCUCCCAGUGAACGUGUCACUGCCUGUUUGGCCCAGCAGAGGGAGCCUACACAGCUUUGUGACUCCGCCUCCAGUACACCCACUUCGUCUCUCCAAACCCCACCCACCUUAGUAAUGACAGAAACCUCCUCACCGGCAACUAUCAGAGAGGAAGCUGAGAAACAGAGCGAGAGAAAGAACAAGAAAGAACAAGAGAAAGAGUGGUCACCUCAAGAAACUGGAAAAGAAACAGAGUCUAAGGGAAGUGGAAGUAAGGUAGAGCCUGGCAGAGGCAGGAUGGAGGCGGAGCCUGAAAGGGAUGGAGUAGGGGUGGACACAGUCAAGUCUGCCCCAAAGACAGAAGAGGUGAUGAAAGAAGGAGGAGUGGAAACAGUUCCUCUCACUCAACUGAAUAAAGGAGCAGAGAAACAGGAAGAGGAAGUGGAACUGGAAGAGGAACAGGAAGAGGAAGCUGUGGAGGGUCUGGAGCUAGAGGAGGAGCUUCAGAGGCCAGAGGAUGCCAUCUUGGAUGAUCUCGCCAAACGCAUCCAGGUGGAGGAGAUUGCUCCUGCCUCAGGGCUCGUCUCCAUCCUGAAGAGACGGGUGUGUGACGGAGCAGACGAUGCCUCCUCCACCAGCAAGCCCCUCACUAAACGCAGAGUCCGCUUCCAUUUUCCUGAGGACGGCCUUGAGCAAGAUGAGGUGGGCGGAGACUCCUGGCUCCUCCUGCUGCUUUUGUGCCUGGUUACCGUGGUGAUCAGCGUGGGUGGAACCGCCCUGUACUGCGCAUUCGGCAACGACAACUCGAGCGUUUGUACAGACUUUUCGCACAACGUUGAUUUUUACAUGGGGAAGGUGCAACGCAGCGUCGAUGACAUCACACACUUCUUCUCCUCCUCAAGCUCAUAGCCUCUAUCCCUUUAUCUCUCUGUGCAUCACUUCAUUUCUGUGUUUGUAUGUCUCCCUCUAUCUGCCUCUUUACCUCUGGCACCUCACUCGUCCCAUUACUCUGGGGGAAAACAUCGACCAGUAUAAAGAUGUGAGGCAGAAUGAGAGUGCUGAAUUUUUAGGCUUUCUGGAUAAGCAGGUGUUGGUGAUGUCACAACUCUGUACUGGUGUUGAUGAUGUCACAACUUUAUAUGGUCUUGAUGAUGUCACAACUCUGUACUGGAGUUGAUGAUGUCACAACUCUGUCCUGGUGUUCAUGUCCCACAUUAUUUCCAGUUCAACAUGUAAUUUACAAUCCACUUUUAUAUAACUUCUUUAAAUGGGGUAUAUUUGAGGGAGACUGGGUUUUAUCUCUGUGUUUAAUUUUUUGGUUUUUUUCUUUCUCUUAGCAGUAAAUUAGCAUGUAGAUUUUAUAAGGUAUCAAAGAGGGUGGAGCAUGUGACAUUCUUUUUGCUUCUUAUUAUAGAACACCAAUUUUAAUUACUCAUUAUAAUCUUAUAUUAAUAAUAAGCUUGCUACCAAACAUUACUUUGCACCUCAAAGCUACUGCUACAGCGCUGAUGUUAAAUCGGCUAAUUAAACUCGUUAGCUGGCUAACGCUAGCCUGGUAAAAAAGCAGUGCUCUAGUAGCUAUGUCAUACUCUAAAGUUUUGUGAUUAGUUAAUUGAAUCGAACUUAAGCUCCACCCAUGGCAAAAUCAGUACAUGCAGGAUUUUAUAUCAUUUCUUCAGACACACUUUUAAGUCUUAAAUAUCAAGAAUAUUAGUUUUAUCAGUUUUUGCUUUGUUCUUUAAUCAUUAUCAUUACACAAUGUAGAAAGUACUGAUGUAUAUCAAGAUAUUUAUGACCGAUAUAAGUGGCUAGGAUUAAAAUAAUGUGUAAUAUAAGGGGCAUAAGAGCAAUAUGUAGUAAAGAAUAUCUUAAUGUAAAGGUUUUAAGAGUAGCGGUAUGCGGAGAGGCUGAUUUUGUUAUUUAAUGCUGUUUUCUAAUUGUGCUCUGUGUCCGUGCGUGUGCAUGUGUGUGUUGUGUUUAAGGGGGUGCAGUGUUGUGUUUAAAAAGGAGGCUAUGUGCUAAAUUACAGAUAACAGACUGUUACCACAAUGUAGUUUGAAUGGUACUUAAUUUAGAGUAUAAAAUAAUCUAAAAUAGUUUGUAAUAACAACACACAUCAGCUAAAAAUGUAGAGUUCAGUAUGUGGCUUUCAAGCUCAUCUGCCUCUCUGCUAAAUAAGUUCAAAUGAGUACAUCAAGGCUAGUUUGCUAGUAGGGUUAGCCUAUCGACUAUAAAGCAAGUUAAUGUGGUGACCCAUUUGCUACAGUGCGAUUACUUGGAACAGCCUGUUUGUUGUAAUACUGUUUCAAAGUUUGGCGUAUUUGUUCCUAUACUGUUUUGUAUGCUAACACAUUUGAUAGAAUGUGUUAGAAUGUUAGCUGUAAUGCUAGCUCUUGUGUUAGCGGUAAUGCCUAAAUCAUAGUAUUUAUUGAGACACAAGUUGAGUUUUGUUGAAUAUAGAUUAGAAAUAUGUCAUACUGUCUGAUUUAUAUCAGAUAUAUUAUGUUACAGUAUUUAAUAAAAGACAAAGCGUAAUAAAUUAUGGCCGAGGCACUGCAUCCCCUCAGACUGAACACAUGUUCAGACACCUUCACCUUCACAGUCACUUUUAGGUUUAAUUUUGUAUUUCCUUUCUAUUUAUGUUUUUUACUUUUGUGUGUUUGUGUUUGUUUGAGUUUUUAUCAUCUGUGGUAUAAACCUGUUGUGAAUCUUACAUUUCUCUGAGCACAGAACAAACACACAAUGUCUUAAAACCUGCUGGAUUCCUUUUAAAACGAAUCCCAGUUUUGGGAAAAAGAUCUGAUUCUUGUUUUGUUUGUCAUGCAUUCGUCCUCUGGCUGGCUCAGACGGCGGUGUUUUCAGUAUUUAUUUGAACAUGAAUCCAAUCUAAACUUUUUCAUUUAUAACGUCAUAUUUCCUGCUCUGUACCUCUGUAAACAAACCUCAGUAUGGUUUAUUGAACCUCAUCAGAUCUAAAUUUACUCUAAAUUAUAAUUUUUGUUUGAAAAGACUUAAUUUCACACUCAAAUAUGAUUUUGGUGGAUAGAAAUUAUUGUAAAAGUCAUUAUUGUGUAUCAUUGAGCAUCACACGUCUCCUCAGCACUCAGACACUUAGCAGGGCAAAGCUCCACUCUGAUUGGCUGUUUGACUUCGCCCAGUAACCAAUCAGUGAGCUCUGCCUUAACGUACACGUGUGAGUGGAUGCUGUACUAGGCAUUACUGUACAGAUUACAUUAUAGCGUCUUGUAUCAUGUUAAAGACGGGUGUUUUUACUGAACUAUCGAGCGUUUAGAACCGCACUGUUAAUUACUGUUCAUCUACAGAUCUACUUUAACAUAAUGAGAAGAAAUAAAAUAUUAGUGAAAAAAGUAAAAAAACUUAUAAUGAAAAUUGUUACUCCAUAUACUUCUGUUUUCUGUGUUUUUGAAGAGAUUUUAUUUAUUACUGAAAUUAUAUCUUUCAUUAUUUCUGUCUGGUUUUAAGUCCUCGAUAUGAUUUAUUUUCCUCCCCGCAUUGUAAAAAAAUAUUAAAGGGGAAACAUGAUGAGAUCAAAUACACACAGUUCUUAAUAAAUCAGUUUUAAUGUCA